AGUUGUGUUAAACUUUUUAAUAAAAAUCAAAACAAAUACAAGUUUCCCGACACCUUUCACGUAACACACGAAGUGCAAUACCGCUGCAAUGAUGAGCUUCAAUGCUAGUAAUCAAACAUCGCCACGAAUCAAGCGCCACGAACAUUUUGCCAUGGAUGUCGCUAAACGAGUUUGCACCACCCUUAUUACAUUGCCGCAGGAUCAACGUUGUUCCUAUAUUGAAACGUCUGCCUCCUGUCAAUCGAAUGUUUACUUCAUUAACUACGCGCAUAUCAUUUUUUGUGUGCUGGAAGUAUCCACAACAACCGGAGCCGUAUUUGCAUCACUCGCACUGCUCAUGGUUGUUGCGCUUGGCUUCACUAUAUUAGGUGUCACAGCAGAUAUAUUCUUUUGUCCCGCUUUAGCUAUGCUGGCGCGCAUGAUGCGCAUGAGCGAGAACGUUGCUGGUGUGACAUUGGUCGCCUUUGGCAAUGGCGCACCGGACAUAUUCAGUAGCUUGUCUUAUCUGAAUAGCGAUACUCGCCGCUUGUAUGCGGAUAUUUUUGCUUCGGGCCUUUUUGUUGUGCUUGUGGUAGCUGGCGCUGUCUUCUGCACCUUCCCCUUUGCCGCUCAGCCAUACUUGCUGCUGCGUGACGCACUGUUUCUCCUACUGGACGUAUGCGUCAUUGACUAUUUGANUGUUCAUUCGUGUUUGUGA